AAGAUGUGUUGACUUGGUAGUUGGAGUCUUCUCCACUCUGCUUCAAUUUUUGGUUUUAAAAGCAUUGCCUCUGCCUCAGGCGAUAAGUAAAAGGCGAGUUCUCGUACAACUGCCCAGACUAGAUGCAAAUGGUAAUUAUUCUCUGUCACUUCCUCUUGGUAUUGAGUGCUUCAGCAGUUGGUCUUGGUCCAGUCUCGCCAGAUCAAGAUGCCUGCGAGCCAAAACACUGCAAACCCGGCCAGCCAUCCGUCCGGUACCCCUUCCGGUUGAAAGGCCGCCAACCGGACCACUGUGGCUCAUCUGGGUUUGACCUGUCCUGCAACAACAAGAACCAGACGGUGCUGGAGCUGCCCCGUUCGGUCAAGUUAUUGGUGAAGCAUAUAGAUUAUGUAAACCAGAGGAUUCAGGUGUAUGAUGAAGAUGGUUGUGUCCAAAAGCAGCUUCAAAAUCUUACCUUAUCCGCAUCUCCUUUCACGUUCCGCUCAGACACAGAUCCCUACUAUGACAGCAAACCGGGAAACUUCACCUUGUUCAAUUGUUCAAUUGAAGAUCAAUCGAAGGAUUAUGAUAAUGACUGGAGCAUUUCCUGCUUAAGUGUGCCUGGCUUCUACGUUGAAUACUUUGAUUCUGAUGAUGGAGGCUAUGACCUGUUAAAUUGCAGCAAGACUAUAGAUAUCAUUGAUAUUCCUCGAGGGUUGAUGUCUGACCAGAAAAACAAGUUUUACUUCAGUUGGACCAACCCGGCGUGUGGUUCAUGUGAAAUUCAGGGCAAAGGAUGUCGACGCAAUACUACCAAGGCCUUGGGCAUAGAGUGCUAUUACAUCCACAUGGAUCAUAAAGGUGCAAGAAUGAAGCUAAUGAUUUCAGGUUUAACCAUAGGAUCACUUCUCCUUUUAUUGAGUGUCAUUGGACUCUGUUGGCUGCACCACUUGAAUAAAAAAGAGAAAGAGGGCCAACGCAAGAUCGAACAGUUUUUGGAGGAUUACAAAGCUCUUAAGCCCUCAAGAUAUUCCUAUGCUGAUAUUAAGAGGAUAACAAACCAAUUCAAGGAAAAACUUGGACAGGGUGGUUAUGGUACUGUGUUCAAAGGAACACUUUCCAAUGAUGUUUCAGUAGCUGUUAAGGUUCUGAAUAACUUCAAGGGAAAUGGUGAAGAGUUCGUUAACGAAGUUGGUUCAAUGGGAAGAAUCCACCAUGUCAAUGUUACUCGCUUAGUUGGUUUUUGUGCUGAUGGGUAUAACCGAGCCCUUGUUUAUGAGUACUUGCCAAAUGAGUCAUUAGAGAAAUUCAUAUUUGCAGCCAAGGGUGAGAAUCGUUUCCUUAGUUGGGAGAAGCUUCAUGAAAUUGCUUUAGGCAUAGCCAAAGGCAUUGAGUACCUUCACCAAGGUUGCGAGCAACGGAUCCUCCAUUUUGACAUCAAACCUCACAAUAUUUUACUGGAUCAGAACUUCACUCCUAAGAUCUCUGAUUUUGGUUUGGCUAAGUUAUGUUCCAAAGAGCAAAGUGCUGUUUCAAUGACAGCAGCAAGAGGAACCAUGGGCUAUAUUGCACCUGAAGUAUUGUCUAGGAACUUUGGAAACGUCUCAUACAAAUCAGACGUUUACAGUUUUGGAAUGCUCUUGCUUGAAAUGGUUGGAGGGAGAAAGAAUAUUGAUGUGACAGUGGCCAAUGAAAGCCAAGUGUACUUCCCGGAGUGGGUUUAUAAUCGUUUAGACAAAGGAGAAGAAUUAGGAAUUGAUAUCGAAGAUGAAGGGCAUCACAAGAUAGCCAAGAAACUUACAAUUGUUGGACUUCGGUGCAUUCAGUGGUAUCCAGUUGAUCGUCCUUCAAUGAAAUCUGUGGUUCAGAUGUUGGAAGGAGAAGCAGACAAUCUGACAAUGCCACUAAAUCCUUUUGCCUCUAAAGAUGAAAAGAAGCCUAAGAAGCCCAUUAACAGAGAGCUAGCAGCUAUUUCUGAAUAAGAAGGAAAGCAAUUUGCAGACUGCAGCCUUACAAUCAAAAUGAGUAUUAAGCAAUUGUUGGACUUUUGGUGUUGUGUAUAAAGAAUAGACAAAUGCUUCAUAACUAUGUAGGCCAUAUUUUAAUAUCUUUCAAUCUGAACAAAAUCAAAAUUUAAUACUAAAGGACAAAAUCUAUAUAUACACGGAAUGAUUUUGAUUUUCGGAGGA